AUGGCAAAUGCAUACUGCUCGAGUACCGGGACUAGCAUCACCGAGUCCGAGCCGGGAUGGCUAGGAAUUCCGCAUUUGUCACUCAUAAUCGACGACGACAAUGUGGAAGCCUUGAAGGGAUUCCUCCAACAGAAACCAGAUUGUCCUGGGUGGAGAAUAUAUCAUUAUGAGCCCAAUUGGCAUUCAGGUUGGGGUCCUGUGGACUACGCGAUCAAAACGGGCAGCCUCAAUGUCUUUUGCGAGCUUCUGACGCUAGAAGAGACCUUGACAGCAGCUACACCAGCUCAUCCCUAUCGACUUCAUGAAGCCUGCAGACUCGGCCGCCUGGACAUGGUACGACAUCUUCUCAAUCGUUCCGCCGACGUGCAAGAUAGCCUCGAGCGGAUCGAUGAUCUGGGAGCUACACCGCUUCUUGCUGCUACCGGAUUCCUUGGCUAUCCGGGAUCAGAGGCAGUCAUGCAACUGCUGCUUGAUGCAGGCGCAAACCCGCUCCAAGACAUCUACACCGCGGGCCGAUGGAGAGACGGCUCAGAUGAGCCGGUAGAGGAAUCUCGACGUCAACAAGGCAUUGAUUUACCAUUCCUUGUGGCCAAUGCCCUCACGGCUGCCAUAGAGUUUGCAACACCCGCUUUGAUUGAUCGCCUUUUCCACGCUGGAGUCGAUUUAUGUGCCGGCGGCUCUUAUAGAAUAGAAGGUUGGCCUCGAGAUGAGAUACUCAUCCAUGUAACCCCUUUGCACCUCGCAUGCAGUGAGAGCAGCGUUGAACGUGUCCGGGCACUGCUACGGCUGGGGGACUCGGACGCACCCCGCAUGAUUGUGCAGCGAGACAGCAUGGGCCGGACUGCGUUUCACUGGGCCGUGCUUGGCAAUCUUAAUUCACCGUACGUGGGACAGGACCCUGGCAAAGUUCACGACCGUAUGUUGCUUCAAAGAAACAAGUGCAUACAGGCCCUCUGCGCCCACGGACGUGAAGCAGCUACUGUCAAUGCCCAAGAUCGGGAUGGCAAGACGGCGAUGCAUCUGGCGGUAGAGUCGUGUUUCCCCGAGGCCGUAAUCUGUCUGCUUGAACAAAAUGCUGACCCGAACCUGACUGACUCGACCGGACGUACAGCUAUUAUGGCGUUGACCAUGAGCAGCAGAAUCGCGCGAAUGCACAAGCAUGUUAUUGACGCUUUGGCCAAGGCAAUGGUCAACAAUCUAAGCGCAGGCGAUGGUCAUGGUAACACUGCCUUGCAUCUCGCAUGCAGUCACUAUAGGCGGCUCUGGAUCGCCAGGCUCUUGAUCGAGCACGGCGCCCCGUGUCAUCUCACCAACGGGAGUGGCGAGUUACCUCUGCACAAGGCUGCUGCAUGCUUGUGGCCGCCUAGUGAUAGUUUUUCAAAAUUCGACAUAUUUCGCGACGUCCUUCGAUCUCAAGAUCAGUUCAUCUCUCUCCUCCUAGAAAGGACCCGCGGUGUUUGCGAUAUGGACAGCAAAGACGCCUCAGGUAAAACCGCUACGGACAUUUUGGUUGAGACUCGACUGAAAGUUUCAAACCAUGUCAAGCAACAAGAGAAAGGAAAAGCAUAUGUGAGACUACAACAGGUCGACCACGCACAGAUUAGGGCGGGUUUUAAAAUUAUGCCCCAUGAAAUUCAAGAGGUCGUUGAGACUGAAAGUGGUGUCUGGGGAUUACGUGACAUAGGAGACCCGAUGGCUCUCUCGAGCGUCUGGCAUAGGUUCAGGGGACGCGGUGGAUUGAAUAGAGGAGGACGUGGUGGUUCAACGGGGGCACGACCGGCCUUACUGAGAAUACCCCGGCAUCGCCGUCGGAUCUCGUUGGAAACGUACGGAUCUUAA